AUGUCUGCUGCUUACUUCAUUCUCCUUCUGGGACUUUCCAUAACAUCGAAGGUUUUAUCAUUGUCUCGAGAUCCCUGCUCCGUGUUCGACUGCCAGAACGGAGGCUCCUGUACGGCUCCGGCUGACGCUCCAAGUUGUAUUUGCCAAGCUGGUUUCUUUGGAGAACAUUGUGAAUUUAAUCGUGACCCAUGUUUCAAAUUCGGUUGCCUCAACGGUGGUCGCUGCACUGCCCCAGCUGAUGCCCCAUACUGUCUGUGCCCUGCUGGUUUUAGUGGACCCAAAUGUGAAGUAGCUGGAAACAGUCAAUGUCCGGUCAUUGACAGUGACAGUAUCGGUAUUUGUGGAGGUACCUUCUGCUCUGCAGACUCUGACUGUAGUGACGGACAUAUCUGUUGCGCCAGCGCCUGUGGGUCCAAAUUGUGUACUUCUGUAGUCAAAGUCAUAGAACCUACAUGUCCAGGAGGAUGUAAACCUGGUUAUAAAUGUGAAUUGAGAUCCCCAGUGUGUCCCCCUGGAUUCAUGUGUCCAGCAGUCAUGAGACCAACUUGUGUAGCAGUGAAUGACCUUUGCGGUGGCUGUGAAGAGGGGACAGUCUGUCAAGACACGGGAAUACGUUGCUUCACCACGCCCUGCCCAUCCUUUAAGUGUGUUGCUACAGACCCUUGCGGUGGCUGUCCCAAGGGAGAGAGGUGUGAACAACUGUUUCCGCCAUGCGCACCCCCACCACCCUGCGAAGAGGACCUCGAUACGCCUUGUACACGGCCACCUUGUAAUCCAAUAAACACGUGUGUCCCUGAAACUACAGUAGAACCGCCAAAAGAUCAGUGCGGAGGAUGUCCAUAUGGUCAAGUUUGUAAACCUACCAACAUUGUAUGUAUCCGCGCACCUUGCCCAACCCAUGAAUGUGUAGCAGACACCGCUCCCGCUGCUUGUAAUCUAGCAUGCAUGAGAGGAUACGUCUGCAAACUAAAGGUACCCGAUUGCCCCCGAAACAGCCGCCUUCUUUGCCCAACUAAGCCAGUCCCACAGUGUGUGCCUAGACAGUUGGCCAGUUGCCCCAAGCCUGCCCAGACCAAGAAAGUGCCUUGUUUGUUUAUCACUAGAAAGUCCCAGUGUCUCAGCGACAGGGACUGCGAUCAGGGACUUAGCCAAAGAUGUUGUCCUACCCAGUGUGGUACCAGAAGGCAGUGUACAGUUGUACCAAGCUUUUAAACAAAAACAUAUAUAAUGUUCUUUGUUUGACCUUUGUAAAAAGACAAACAAUCUUUUACAAUGUCUUCUUUGUGAUAUGGUUGAACAGUUGUACACACAUAUUUAUAUUGGAAAAUGAAAAGCAUAAUAUAUAAUAUUAAAUUUGUUUGUAUUUUGUUUGCAUCCAUUGACCUUGUCUCAUUUAAAUAAAGCGUCCUUGCACCAUUAUAUUAACCAAUGAAAACAACGUGUAAUAUUUUUUUUUGUUGACCUCAAGAUCAUUGUCUGUUUAAAGAUUGCUUGUUAAAUAAAAAAGAUAUUUAAUGAAA